AUGAACUUCGGAGCAACCUCUCCUAGAUCUCUCAACACACAUUUUGUCGAUAUCCAUGAAGUGUUACCUGAAGAAGAAGAAGAAGAAGGACACGAAGAAAAUAAGAUCAGAAAAAUGGCUGAUCAUAAAACAGACAAGAAUGUUAACAAUAAACCAAUCAAAAUGCGAGAAAUGAAGAGACAACAUAAGAGUUUCAGCAGGCAAGUCUCGUUGGAGACGGGCUUUUCGGUGCUCAACAGAGAGUCAAAAGAAAAAAAUGAAAGAAAAGCUCUUCCAAGAAGUGGAAAAAGUUUUGGAGGAUUUGGUUCAUCUCAUGGAGUUGGCAUAGAAGGAAGAAAAGGAGACUUCAAUAUAUUCAGGACAAAAUCUGCUCUUGUUAGACAGAACUCAAAAUUACCAUUGAGAAAGGAGAGUGGGGUUGAACCUCAGAUUAACGAUGUUUCUGCAGGUGAGCUUGAUGAGUCUGUUAACAGAAGUGUUCCUGCUGGAAGAUAUUUUGCUGCUCUUACAGGACCAGAACUCGAUCAAGUCAAGGAUUCAGAAGACAUACUUCUGCCCAAAGACGAGAAAUGGCCCUUCCUUCUCCGGUUCCCCAUAGGUUGCUUCGGUAUGUGCCUAGGCCUUAGUAGCCAAGCCAUCCUUUGGCGUGCCCUCUCUACGAGUCCAGCCACCAAAUUCCUCCACAUUACACCCUUCAUCAAUCUAGCAAUCUGGCUGUUAGCCUUAAGUGUCCUUCUUGCAGUUUUCAUAACCUAUGCAUUGAAAUGCAUAUUCUAUUUUGAAGCUGUGAAAAGAGAAUACUUCCACCCCGUUAGAGUCAACUUCUUCUUCGCCCCUUGGGUUGUUUGCAUGUUCUUAGCCAUUGGAGCACCACCAGCGAUCUCUCCAGAAACGUUGAAUCCAGCUAUUUGGGUCACCUUCAUGACACCAAUCAUCUUCCUCGACCUAAAAAUCUACGGACAGUGGCUUUCUGGAGGAAAACGAAGACUUUGCAAAGUUGCAAAUCCAUCUUCUCAUCUUUCAGUAGUUGGGAAUUUUGUAGGAGCAAUUUUGGCAGCAAAAGUUGGGUGGAAAGAAGCAGGAAAAUUUUUGUGGGCAAUUGGAUUUGCACAUUAUCUUGUAGUAUUUGUCACAUUAUAUCAGAGACUGCCCACAAGUGAAGCUUUGCCCAAGGAACUUCACCCUGUAUACUCCAUGUUCAUUGCAACUCCUGCUGCAGCAAGCAUUGCUUGGGGAGCUAUUUAUGGAGAAUUCGAUGGCUUGGCGAGGACAUGCUAUUUCAUUGCAUUAUUUCUCUAUUCAUCGCUGGUUGUACGUAUCAACUUCUUCAGAGGAUUCAGGUUUUCUGUGGCAUGGUGGUCUUACACUUUCCCCAUGACAACAGCUUCAAUAGCAACUAUCAAGUAUGCAGAGGAAGUGCCUACUGUAAUAAGCAAGGGUCUUGCUGUGGCCCUCUCCUUCAUGUCAACAACAAUGGUGGCCAUAAUAUUCAUGUCCACUCUUCUUCACGCCUUCGUUUGGCAUACAUUGUUCCCUAACGACCUCGCAAUAGCAAUAACAAAGAGAAGACAAGGGAAGGAGAAGAAACCAUUGAAGAAGGCGUACGACAUAAGACGCUGGACAAAGCAGUCGCCUCUGUCAUUUGUUACGAGUAUGAGAAGGCAUAAUUCAGCGGAUAAAGAUAGUGAUGGGGAAAAAUAA